AUGUAAUAAUCCCUUUUUCAUAAUAUUCGCUAAUUUGUCUUACACUUUGAUAUGUUCGGAUAACCUCCCACCUUUAGAAUUUUGGGAAAAUAGAAAUACAAUUCAAUUUUAGGAGCGUUUUUGACAAUAGGAACACUAUUCUUUGCUUUCGCUUAUUUUGUGGUUGGUGUAUAAGAGUUAGUGGCUAAAGAUUCACCAAAUGUAAUACAAACAGAAAGACAAGUAAUUGAAACAUCAGUAUUAUUUUGAUAUAUCUAGCCAUUUAAACUAAAUAGAAACAACUUUACACUUGCUAUAACAUUAGCAGACCUCAAUAGUCAACCUUUAACAACUAUAAAUAAGUUUUUUACUAUCCAACUUAAAAAUUGUUAAACCACUAGAAUCUAUAAUGAGACAACCUAGACUUCAAAUGUAACAAGAAAGUAAAUAAUAUUUUAAAGUAGUUGUACAAAUAUCCCCUUAGAAGCUUGUACAAAAGAUCAUUUUUUAUCUGAAACUUAAAUUGACUAUUUUUCCAGAAUUAGAUUAGGCUCUGUACAAUGCAUACAAAAGGAUUAUUGGGAUAAUUAUCCACCUGUAAUAAAAGUUAUUUUAUUAUUUAUAAAGAUAUUAUAAGGAAUUAAGACAAGCCCAAUAUAUUCUUCUUUGACCGUGACUGUUUCAGUUUGUAAAAAUUCAACUAAUAAAACGGAUUGUGCACCAAUUGAAGAUAUUAAAAAGUAACUUAGUUCUGGAUUUUAUGCAGUUCAUUUAAGUGAUUCAUUACUAUAAAUGAAUAGAGCUGUAAAUAUGUCAUUAGAUGUCAUAAACAUUUAAUACUAUACAUUUUCAAUUACCACAUCUAAAAAUAUAUUUUAGUAAUUUAAAUUGAUAGAAACCAAAACAGAUUCUGGAUUAGUUUUUUAGGAUAUAUCUGAUUAAUAAGUUUUGAUUUAAGAUACCUUAAGAGAAUCGACAGACUUAUAUAAUAGUGAUUAUUUAGUUUUACAUAAUAUAAAUCUAAGCUCUAAGUAUAGCGAAUACUAAAGAUCAUAUGUCAAAAUUUAGGCUAUUUUAAGCAGAGUUGGAGGCUUAUAUUAAAUGAUAUUUUUAAUAUUAGCUGCUUUUUUAAAACCGUUAGUCCAAUUAAUGUUAGAUAUUGAUAUGGCAAAUGAGCUUUUUAAAUUUGGCUGUUAAAAUAACAACAAAGAUAAAUCAAUUAUGGCUGAUGAUAAAGUGCUUGAUAUUAAGGCUGGAAUCAUCAGAAGUAGGAGAAAACUAUUAUCGCCAAGAGAAACUGGAAGAUUAAAUAGUGAACCUAAUCAAGAAAUUAUUAUGGUAAUGAAUAUUGAUUAAAUCAUUAUUAGAAUGAAAACAUAAAUGAAAUUUUAAAAAAAAGAAAUCAAAUUGAUCCCACAAUUAAAUAAAUAAUAUGGAUAUAUAUUGGUUGCGAUAGAGAAAAAAAAAAAAUGUUAAAUAUUGCUAAAGAAAAAUACAUGGAGAAAUUAGAUUUAAAAUUAAUCAUUUAGAAACUAUAUUAGAUUGACUAACUUAAAGAUAUAAUUUUAACAGAAGAAUAAAAGAAAUUAUUCAAAUAUUUACCGAAGCCAAAUAUAAUUUAAGAUUUAGAAAAAGCUAAAUGUUUAGAUUUAAAUAAGAAAAGUUAGUAAUUGGAAUCUAAAGCAAUUUAGGAAGCAUUUGAAGCAUAUGAAAAAGUGGUAUCUUAAGGUUAAAAAUCAGUGGUUAAUUUAUAACUAAUUUAAUCAUUAGACCCAGAUAUUUAGAUACUUUUUUAAUCAAUUUAAAAGAGCUAAGCUAUGUAAAACUAAUUCUUAAAUGAACUACCUUUGAAUUAAUCUAAAUUCAGAUUGGAGGGUGGUGAUUUAGCAGAAUGCUAAUCAAUAUAUCAAGAAUGUAUUACUAUUCCUCAAAAAAUAUAUACAUAAUUUCCUAAAAGAAUGAAUAAAUAAAAUGAAACAUAAUGA